UUCAGUUUGAAUGAACGGCAAAUUAAUAAUGCAUAUAAACAUUAGUGCCACAAGCUCCGUUUUAAUAUUCAAAACUAAUAACUGAUUAAACUGAAUCGUUAAUUCACUGAUGAGCUUAGCGUCUCAAUGAGUAGUUAUAACGGUACUAUUCGUUUAUUACUGUACGGAAAUAUUGUUUGAAUACAUGUUGGGAAAAUGUUCAUACGUGAUAUUUAAAAAUUCUUGCUGUACUUGAGAAACUUAAGAAAAUAAAUAUUAACACUUCAAGUGUUCUGGAAUUGAAAUAUAUAUAAUUUAUUAAUAAAUAAUAUUUCUAUAUAAAAUAUGACUGCAUUUUACAAUAAUAAAGAACUGUUUGUUUUGCUGAAUGCGAUAUGCGCAUUUUCCGCAGCAACAGAUAAUGGUUGUGGCGAGGUACGCAGACGUGCUACUGAGGAUCCGCAGAACCUGACAUCCCCGAACUUCCCACUGCCGUAUCCGAGGAAUACCACGUGUACUUGGUGGAUAUCAUCAGUGUAUUUCUAUAGUGAUAUCUAUAUUGAACUCAAACAUCUUGAUAUAGAGGACAGCAAUGACUGUGAUGAUGACAGCCUCACUAUCUAUCAACAUUACAAAGGUGACGAGUUUGUUGUUAAGAUAUGUGGAAAUGAAGCCUCUGACGAGACACUGAAGCUUGGUAGAGAUGUGACCAUUGUUUUCAAAACUAACAACGAUAUCGAACGAACAGGAUUCGUCCUACAGUACUACAUG